AUGGCGGCCGAGUCCGAAGGCGCUGCAGCCCCGCCACCGAGUCCGCGCGAAGCGAGCAAGGUCGACCAAUGCACAGGCACCUCUCUGCACUCCCGUGCCGCCCUUCAGCGGAUCUUCGAGAAGUAUGGUGGCGACCAAGCGCAGAGCCGCAAGCUGAAGGCGGUGCUGGAAUCUGCAGCUCCACGAGCCUUGCCGCGCGAGCGCCCGAGCCAGACAAACGCCGCCUGGGCUCGGUUCCGGUCGGAGCCCCUCGCCGGAGGGGUCCGGCGAGGUCCAGGCCUGGGCCCAGAAGUGCUAAAUCGCCUUACGAGCGAAGUUCCGGGGUCCACGUUGACUCCGUAUGGUGUCGGAGUUCUUGAAAGCGAGGCAGACGACCGCGGCAUGGUCCGGGUCCGCUUCCCCUGGGGCCGCGCGGAGAUCCGCGCCAAAGAUGCCACCCGGGAGCGCCGAGCACUGCUGAGGCGGAGCUUAGAGGCCCUGUCCUCACUAUUGGUCGUUCUGAUCAAGGCACUCGGUGCUUUGGCGCCAGGCGACAUCGACUCCGACUCGGACGAGUCGGAUGAGGACGCCGACAUGGUGCACACAUCACAAGGCCUGGCCACAAUGAAGGGCCUCGUGGCAUGGCUGGAGGAGGCAGCUACGCAUCCGCAGCCCACGCACCGCGAGGAGCUUCUCGAUCUAGCGCUGCUCUUGAGCGUCGUCGUGCGGACGCGCGCGGAGCUUCUGAGGCUGGAUGGCAUCUCCACCCAUCCGCAGCUGCAGGCCGAGCUUUUGGCGGCGGAUGCACUGCGAAUACACUUGGGGCUGCUGGAGCGGCUCGGGAGGGUGCCCGUGGCCCCCGGCGGCCUGGCAGAGACCUGCCGGGUCUGGAGCCAGGUGCUCCAGCGGUUCGGUGCUGAGAGCGGCCUGCCGGGAGGUGCUUGGCGCCUCGUCCGGCCAGGGGCCAAGGUGGUCGACCCGCUCAGUGAGGAGGAGCUGCUUGCAUCCCUGCCAACGUCGAGGCAGCCCACCAGGUUUGUGCGAGAUGCUCGCGAGAUCACCAGCGUGAAGGUCACUGCAGGGCCCGUGCUCCGUGGCCCGCCGCGCACCACGGUGGUUCGCUGCGCUUCGAUGCGAUCACCCUCCCCAAUCAUCUCGCACACGGUGACCAACACAGUUUGGUCCCCGGCACCGUGCCUGCCGGCUACUGCAGUGUUUCCGGCGCUCCCUGCAGGUCGCGGCGCUUCGCUUUCGCUGCCCAGCCGCGCGCCGGAAGUGGUGCGGCGCGCCUCCACUCCGCUGCCACAGACCUUCCGGACCAGUGGAGAUACAGCCACUGCUCCGCCUUUCGCUCCAGUUCCACGCUUCCACUCAGGUGAUUUUCCCUUGCCUCCUUCGCCCCUCAGCUUCUUUGGUCCGAGGAUCGCAACCACUGCGACUGCGGCCACGAGCCAAAACCCAUCGGUGCCCGACACCCCUGACGCCUGCGCGACGCCACUGCCGCAGGAGAUGCAGGAGGUUCUGGAGGAGCGAGCUGAGCAGGAGUCAGGCUCAAGCAGCGAGAUCUCCCCGCAGAAUGCGAGCCAGACCCCCUCCUCGCAAGGCCGCCAGAGCCCGGAGCGGAGGCGAACCAGUGUUCGGCAGCGCGUGGACCCGAUGAGGGCCCGUGCGCCGUCGCCAGUCAAGGAGGCGCUCAAAUCCGAGUCGCCUGUGGUCCGGGUGGUAUCCGAACGGACAGCCUCGGCAGCCACUGCUGCCACCAAGUCCCGCAAAGUUGUCUGGAGAUAA